AAUUUUCUGUUAGCAAUGUCCCAAAAUAAAAUGGUGGAACUCCAGUUGUCAAAGUCAAACGUCAAACGUCUAUUUCAAGUCAAAUGAUAUUUUAAUCAAAAAAUCAAAAACAGGGCUUUUGUGGGAACAUAAUGUAAGAAUUAUUUAAUUUUCUAUGUGCUCGCAUUAAAUAUAGAGUAAGAAAUAGGUCUGACUGGAAUAACAUUUAUAAAAAAAAAUCGACUUGAUACAGGUAUGGUAGUGAUGGUUGUUACUGUUAAGGAAAUAUGUGAUAAUGUUACUCUGGCACGAGAAAUGGCAAUGCUUGGCAAUUACGAAAGUGCAGAGGUUUAUUAUGAAGGGUCCAUCCAGAUGAUUAGUCGCUUAAUUCUCAUGAUACCCGAACCCUUACGCAAAAAUAAGUGGCAACAAGUUCAAAAAAAAGUUGCUUCUGAAUACAAUGAGAUAAAAGUGUUGAAAUCGAUGUUGCAAACGCUGCGUUUGGAGACUAACGUUGAAGUCCCUCUUGGUGCAAGAAGGUUGAGAGAUGAGCCGGUUCAUGAUAGCCUUGAUCUCCAGGAAGAUACUUUCGGGGCUCCUCAUGAUCCCGACGUUUGGCCGCCACCAACUCCUGUAGAUCACGGUUUUAUGCAGAGGAACAGUUUCUCAAAACCUCGAUUGUCUAAUGUGAAAAAGAAUGAACCUAAGAAGGGAGCCAGAGCCAGCUCUUCAAACACUGCGCGAAGGUCUGACGUGAGACCGAUCAAAACUGGAAAGAAAGAGGACAGACCUUCGUCUUCUAAAUCAGAAAGGAAUCCGGAAGGAAAACCGGACAAGGAUAAAGAUGUGGACAAUAAUGAAAAGAAUGAUAAGGCCGAGUCUGAGGAAGAGAAGAAAUUCGAGUGUCACGGAAUGGAACGAGAACUAGCCGACGUCUUGGAGCGAGAUAUCGUCCAAAAAAACCCCAACAUUCGUUGGGAUGAUAUUGCCGACUUGCAUGAAGCUAAAAGACUACUGGAAGAGGCUGUAGUUCUUCCAAUGUGGAUGCCUGAGUUUUUUAAAGGUAUAAGGAGACCGUGGAAAGGUGUUUUAAUGGUGGGCCCGCCCGGAACGGGCAAAACAAUGUUGGCUAAAGCGGUGGCUACUGAGUGCAGCACGACUUUCUUUAAUGUAUCUUCAUCCACUCUCACAUCAAAGUACAGAGGUGAAUCAGAGAAAAUGGUCAGACUGUUGUUUGAAAUGGCUAGGUUUUAUGCCCCAAGUACUAUAUUUAUAGACGAAAUAGACUCUCUCUGCUCUCGCAGAGGUUCAGAAUCUGAGCAUGAGGCGUCCAGACGCGUCAAAUCCGAGCUUUUGGUGCAGAUGGAUGGCAUUACUGCCAAUAAUGAUGAACCGGGAAAAGUUGUUAUGGUCCUUGCGGCUACUAACUUUCCGUGGGACAUAGACGAGGCUCUUCGGAGACGUUUAGAAAAACGCAUAUAUAUUCCAUUGCCGACUCAAGAAGGUCGUGAAGCAUUACUUAAGAUAAACUUGCGCGAAGUUAAGUUGGAUCCUGAUGUGAAUUUGAGCGACAUUGCGGAAAAGUUGGACGGUUUUUCAGGCGCUGAUAUAACAAAUGUGUGUAGGGAUGCAUCUAUGAUGUCCAUGAGGCGCAAAAUUUAUGGCUUGAAACCUGACCAGAUCAAACAGUUGCCGAAGGAAGAACUUGAUUUGCCUGUCACUAAUAGAGAUUUCGAGGAGGCCUUACUUAAAAAUAAUAAAAGCGUUUCAAAGGACGAUCUGGACAAGUAUGAGAAGUGGAUGAAUGAGUUUGGAUCAUCAUGAUAGCUCAUUGACAGAACACGGUUUGAUUCAUUGUGUGAUAUUAUAAUGCUUUACAGUUUAUAUUUACACGAAUUUUAUCUUUACAGUUAUUUAAUACUUUUUAUGCUUAUCUAAAUUUUAUUAUUGGAAGUAUUAAUUUCAAGUAACAAACAGUAGAUUUAUGAAUUAGCUACAAAGUUUUGCACUUUAUCGAAUUGUAAAUUGCCAUUGUAUCACGGAUUUUGUAUUUAUGUAUAUCUUAGAUCAUGUUUAUCUGGUUAAUGGUCAAUUGAUUUGUACUGUAUAUAUUAUGAUAAUAUGAUACCUGAUGUUCUAACAAUUAAUUCAAGUAAUGCCAUAAUUUUGAGUGGUUCAGUUGUUUUAUUAAGUUCGUAAAAAUGUUUGGUAUAAGAGACAGUGUAAUGAAUCGUUUUAACAAUUUUUUGUAUAAAUUGACAAAAUAAAUAAUACAUUUAAAGCAA